CUCCCGCUCCGUGGCGGCGCUCGCUUCAGACGCUGCAUAUCUCUUUCGUUUUUCCAGCCACGGAAAUCGGUGAACCGAUCUUUCUAUAGUUCGGAGAUUGGUCGCGUUUAUCUGUACUUUUUACCGCGGAUGGACGUGAACCCAGUCACAAUUUAGCCUAGACAAAACAAGAAACCUUGCGGAGUGAAUCUAUUGGGACUGCUGCUGUGCAUUCGGACCACCAAGAGGAUCCUUCCUCUGCGCGAUAUUUUCCUCCUAUUUGGAAAGGAAGGGUGUUAGUUUUCGAAGUGAAAUCUCAACAGUUGGUUUCCAUUUGGGACUCAUAACGCGUUGGUCUAGUUUGUCACACACUUCACGCCAAGUUACCGAUAUCUAAAACAAAAGGAAAAUCUACAAAGUUCCACGAUCAAGCCCGUCUCUGUGCAAUGCCACAGUUGUCACAUCGGAGCCCAGAUGAGGAAAAAACAAAACCGUAGGCUAUAGCUUGCACUUCUACAGCACGCAUAUUUGCGCCGAUCACAUAGUGCUCUGACAGAAGCGGAAGAAGACUGAGAUACGGGAUAGUGGAUUUACCCGCUAGUGCAGUGUGAUUGUGUGUGUUGGUGAGCUGAGAGGAGCGCUCACUUAGACUAUCUCCCGCCGUCUGGUUGUCAUGUAGGCUACCUAACCGCCUGACUGCCCUCAGCAUCCGGUUUUGUGGAACAGAAGAAGUGGUCAACGGAUCAUGACUCCACUGUUUCCUUGGUAGAUAAUAUGCACUUCCGGGUCCAGACGCUCGUCCACUGAUGUUCAUCUCCCACACCUGGCAGAGAGACCACCACUCAAUACUACUACAAUACCCACAUUUCCUGUCUGCACAAAGUAAGGACUUAGGUGUUGAAGCCCUUAGGUGACUUGGACUUCCUUAUUGUACUAUUGAACUAUUUCCGCACUACGAGCCAGUUCCUAGUUUACAACUGUCACGCACAGUGAUCUUAGAGAGACAGUAGGCGAGUAAAUAGAAAAACAAUCAAACACCGACAAAAUGGCCAACAACACGGCGGACCACCCUCCCGGGAACUCUGUUGCCGAUGGCAACCAGGAGGGGGACUUUGGCAUCACGGUGAUGGACCUCCGAGAGCUGAUGGAGCUGAGGAGUGGAGAGGCCGUCACCAAGAUAGCCGACUCCUACGGAGACGUGCAGGGGGUCUGCCGCAGGCUCAAGACAUCGCCCAUCGAGGGUCUGUCUGGUAACCCAGUGGAUCUGGAGAAGCGCCACGCGGCAUUUGGGAAGAACUUCAUCCCUCCUAAAAAGCCUAAGUCCUUCCUGGCGCUGGUAUGGGAGGCCCUACAGGAUGUUACUCUCAUCAUCCUGGAGAUUGCUGCCGUAAUCUCCCUGGGCCUGUCCUUCUACCACCCCCCUGGGGGAGAUAGCGAGCUGUGUGGUGAGACAGCGUCAGGAGUGGAGGAUGAGGGGGAGGCGCAGGCGGGCUGGAUCGAGGGCGCCGCCAUCUUGUUCUCUGUGGCAAUCGUUGUCUUGGUGACAGCGUUUAACGACUGGAGCAAGGAGAAGCAGUUCCGUGGGCUGCAGAACCGCAUCGAGCAGGAGCAAAAGUUCACCGUCAUUCGCAAGGGCCAGGUCAUCCAGAUCCCUGUUUCCGAACUGGUGACAGGAGACAUCGCCCAGAUCAAAUAUGGUGACCUGCUGCCAGCUGAUGGUAUCCUGAUCCAGGGCAACGACCUGAAGAUCGAUGAGAGCUCUCUGACCGGCGAAUCAGACCAAGUCAGGAAGUCCCUGGAGAAGGACCCCAUGCUGCUGUCCGGCACCCAUGUGAUGGAGGGAUCAGGCCGAAUGGUGGUGUCUGCGGUGGGUCUCAACUCCCAGACUGGAAUCAUCUUCACUCUGCUGGGGGCGGGAGACAGCGACGAGGAAAAGAAGAUCAAGAAAGGUAAAAAACAAGGACCCCCCGAAAAUCGCAACAAAGCUAAGACCCAGGACGGCAUUGCCCUGGAGAUCCAGCCCCUGAAGAGUGACGAGGCGGUUGAGUCUGAGGAGAAGGAGCCUGAGGUGGAGGUGAAACGGGUGAAGAAGGUUCAGGUCAACAAGAAGGAGAAGUCUGUGCUGCAGGGUAAACUCACCAAACUGGCCGUGCAGAUCGGGAAGGCAGGUCUGAUCAUGUCAGCUGUGACGGUGAUCAUUCUCAUCCUGUACUUCGUGAUUGACACGUUCGGGGUGCAGGGUCGCCCAUGGCUGAAGGAGUGUACCCCCAUCUAUAUCCAGUACUUUGUCAAGUUCUUCAUCAUCGGAGUCACUGUUCUGGUGGUGGCUGUGCCUGAGGGGCUGCCCCUAGCUGUCACCAUCUCUCUGGCCUACUCUGUCAAGAAAAUGAUGAAGGACAAUAACCUGGUGCGUCACCUGGAUGCAUGCGAGACCAUGGGGAACGCUACCACCAUCUGCUCCGACAAGACAGGCACCCUCACCAUGAACCGUAUGACCGUGGUGCAGGCCUACUUGGGAGACACACACUACAAGAAAGUACCGGAACCUGACGUCAUCAAACCAUUCACUCUGGAAGUCAUGGUCAACAGCAUCGCCAUCAACUCAGCCUAUACUACUAAGAUUCUGUCCCCAGAGAAGGAGGGAGGUCUGCCCCGCCACGUCGGCAACAAGACAGAGUGCUCCCUAUUGGGCUUCGUGCUGGAGCUGAAGAGAGACUACCAGCCAAUCAGGGACGAGAUUCCCGAAGAGAGUCUAUACAAGGUGUACACCUUCAACUCGUCCCGUAAGAGCAUGAGCACGGUGCUGAAGAACACAGACGGUAGUGGCUUCCGCAUGUACAGCAAGGGAGCUUCCGAGAUCGUCCUACGCAAAUGUUCUCAUAUCCUGAACACGAACGGGGAGCCACGUAUCUUCAAGCCUAAGGACCGUGACGAGAUGGUGAAGAACGUGAUUGAGCCCAUGGCCUGUGACGGUCUGAGGACAAUCUGUGUGGCCUACAGGGACUUCCCUGCCGAGGCAGGAGAACCAGACUGGGACAACGAGGGCGACAUCCUUGAUGAGCUCACCUGCAUCUGUGUGGUCGGCAUCGAGGAUCCCGUCAGACACGAGGUACCUAAUGCCAUCCUCAAGUGCCAGAAGGCCGGCAUCACCGUGCGCAUGGUUACCGGGGACAACAUCAACACUGCCCGCGCCAUAGCAACCAAGUGUGGCAUCCUGUUGCCGGGUGAGGACUUCCUGUGUCUGGAGGGCAAAGAGUUCAACCAGCUGAUCCGUAACGACCAGGGAGAGGUGGAGCAAGAGCGUCUGGAUAAGGUGUGGCCCAAGCUGCGUGUGCUGGCUCGCUCCUCUCCCACUGACAAACACACUCUGGUCAAAGGUAUCAUGGACAGCACCGUCCUCGAGACACGACAGGUGGUGGCUGUGACAGGCGACGGAACUAACGAUGGCCCCGCCCUAAAGAAGGCCGAUGUCGGAUUCGCUAUGGGUAUUGCCGGUACAGAUGUGGCUAAGGAAGCAUCUGACAUCAUUUUGACUGACGAUAACUUCACCAGCAUCGUCAAGGCUGUGAUGUGGGGCCGCAACGUCUACGACAGCAUCUCCAAGUUCCUCCAGUUCCAGCUCACUGUCAACGUGGUGGCUGUCAUCGUGGCCUUCACUGGUGCCUGCAUCACACAGGACUCUCCUCUGAAAGCAGUGCAGAUGUUGUGGGUUAACCUGAUCAUGGACACGCUGGCAUCCCUGGCUCUGGCCACCGAGCCCCCCACCGAGUCCCUGUUGCUGAGGAAGCCGUACGGCCGCAACAAGCCCCUGAUCUCCCGCACCAUGAUGAAGAAUAUCCUGGGUCAUGCCGUCUACCAGCUCACCAUCAUCUUCACCCUGCUGUUCGCUGGAGAGAACUUCUUUAAUAUUGACAGCGGGCGUAACGCGCCUCUUCACUCACCACCGUCGGAGCACUACACCAUCGUGUUCAACGUGUUCGUCAUGAUGCAGCUGUUCAACGAGAUCAACGCCAGGAAGAUCCACGGAGAGAGGAACGUCUUCGAGGCCAUCUACCGUAACCCCAUCUUCUGUAGCGUGGUUAUGGGAACCUUCAUCCUGCAGAUUGUCAUUGUCCAGUUUGGAGGAAAGCCCUUUUCCUGCACAGCUCUGAGCAUUGACCAGUGGCUCUGGUGUGUCUUCAUUGGAGUGGGAGAGCUGCUCUGGGGACAGCUGAUCACAGCCAUCCCCACCCACCGCCUGAAGUUCCUCAAGGAGGCUGGCCACGGCACCCAUAAGGAGGAUGUUCCCGAAAACGAGAUGAACGAGGGGGAUGAUGAGAUUGACCAUGCUGAGAUGGAGCUCCGUAGGGGACAGGUCCUCUGGUUCAGGGGACUCAACCGCAUCCAGACUCAGAUGGACGUGGUCUAUACGUUCCAGACGGGUCAGGCUCCGGUCCCGGGGGCAUUGAGACGCCAGCCCUCUGUGGUCAGCCAGCACAACGACGCCAAAACUGUCUCUAGCCCCACCCACAUUAAGGUGGUCAAUGCGUUCCGUAGCUCCCUUUACCCGGGGCUAGAGAACCCAGAAUCCAGAAACUCCAUCCAUAACUUCAUGGCCCACCCUGAGUUUGUCCCCCUGUCUGAGGAGGAGGCGCAGAUCCCUGAGAGAGAGGAGUCCAGCAGCGAUGAGGUGGAUAUGGAGAUCCAGCCCAUCCCCAGCUCCUCGACUGGGGGGGGAGAAGCUCCAGACGUCAGCCACGAGACCUCCUGCUGAUCACCUCCUCUCUUCUCCUCCGCUCUGAUCUAUCCAUCCACCCGUCGGCCAGCUGGCUCCCCCCCUGCAGUUCCUCUCCUCCACCAUGAGGAGGACCAGCGGUGCGCCCCUCAGAUCCUUAGACUCAUCCCACAGAGGGUGCACCCAGAGUGGGCAAGGGGUCCCGGUCCCAGCGCCUCCCCCUCUUCACCUCUUCCCUCCACUUCCUGAACCCUACGCCCACCUCUCACCUGACCACCCCCACCUUGCCAUUCUCAUCGGCUUGCACUGACUGUGUCGCGUGUGCCCUUUAAGUCUGUGCAGAAGAGUGACAUGCAGAGCAUCCAAUCACAUUGUGCCCCUAACUCAUGGGUGGGAAGGACCAUUUGGGGUCCACCAAUCUGCUCCGUCAAAGGCCGUAGCCUGUCCUUCUGUCCAUCUUUGGGGUUUUAUAUCAUUUUCUUUUUUUUUUUUUUUUUUUUAAACCUCAGAGUAGCCUAGAACUGAAACGCAACAUGUUUAUCCUUCUGUACUAGCUUAUACUCUGCAUACACUAACUGGCACAGAACUUUAAGAAUAUACCCAUGUGUACAUUAAUAUUGUAUGUACAUACAUGUAACUGCCAAAAUAAAGAAGACACUUAAGUGAGGGAUACAAAGUAUAUUGAAAGCAGGUCCUUCCACACAGAUGUGGUUCCUGAGCUAAUUAAGCAAUUAACAUCCCGUCAUGUAUACAAAUAUCCAGUUGCCCAUUAUUUUGGCUUCGAUGGUUAGAAGAAGAGGCCUCAAAGGAGCAUAGGGGGUUUAAAGUGUGUGUACGUGUCUCAGUCCCUCGAUCUCAACCAAACUGAACGCUUAUGGGAGAUUCUUGAGCUGCGCCUGAGACAUCAUUUUCCACCAUCAACGAAACACCAAAUUAUUGAAUAUCUCGUGGAGGAAUGCUGUCACAUCCCUCCAAUAGAGUUCAAGACGCUUGUAGAAUCUAUGCCAAGUCGCAUUUAAGCUGUUGUGGCAGCUCGUGGUGGCCCAACGCCCUAUUUAAGACACUUUUGGUGUUUCCUUUAUUUUGGCAGUUAACUGUAUAUAUGCUUUAUAGGCUCAACGCUCCAAGCUGAUUGGAUGAUCAGAUGUACAUGGCCCAUGUGAUUAACAGCUUUCAGCUACUAAGUUUCUCUUCUCUAUUUCUCAAUCUGUGUUUUAAUUGUACAGCAUGUACGCAUUUGAUCUGUUUUGAAGCAGGAUGUACUAAUGGGUUACUCAGUUCAAUGCAGGAAACCAUGUCUUCAUUGAUUCUGACACACUACAGCGUUUCAACGAUAUAGGUUCAAUCAUCUAAACAUCUCUCACUUUAAUUUGGUUCUUCUGGGUCCAUUUUUGACAUGAUUCCAUUAUGAUUUAUCCUGUUUUUGUUGAAGGACAGUGUAAAGAAUGCUAUGAUAUUUUAACAGAAAAGUGAAUUCUCUUAAAACAACAUUUUCAAAGUAAAGCUUGCAGCAGGCUAGAGCCAGAGGGCACCCCCUCUCUGUGGAGCAGGGUCAUGGCAAGACGAUGUGGAGGUCUCCCUCAUCUGAUGACCUCAUCCUUAUCUCAUCCAAUCAGGGUUCUGGUUUUCCCCAGCCCCUUGAGAGUAAGUUGACAGCUUAUGAAACUGCCUCUAUGGAGUACGAUUAAGAAAGUCAGAGUGAAGUGAAUGAUAUUUCACCCCCAUCGCUCGUAUGCAUGACGUAUAUUAUCCGUGUUUCAUCUGUGUUGAGUAGAAUGGGAAUUUAGAGAUGGGUUAUGUGAAACAAUAUUUUGGGGUGGGGUUAGGACGUACGUAUUCCUGUGGACAGAAAUGGGUAAUUGUUUUUGCUUUAGUCUGUCUCAACAAAAAAAUCCACAAAAAUGAAAAAGUCCACACAAAUACAUUCUGUACCUUAACAAGACAAAUCUAGUCCUCGUUUUACACUGUCGGCGAAGGGGCGUUGGGCUUGUUCCUGUUAGCUCCAGUGUGCGUGUGUUGUAUGUUGUUAUCGAGCAUCACUGUGUUGGCUGCAGAGUGACACAGGGGACUAUCGAUCUCUCCCAUCAUGCCUCUGGGAGAGCCAACCGUGAGCGGCCCAGAUAUAAAUCCAAUAUCUCCCCCUCCCUCCUCACCCCGCACCGCUCCCUCCCACCCUCCCUCCUCCGGGCUGCUAGGAUAGGGACACAGCACAUCCCCACAUGUCAACCAACCACAGAUAAUGGUGUAACAAUAAGAGGAAUACUCUAACAAGAAGAAGAAAAAAAGACUCAACCAGAGAUGUGUAUGAGAGCUCCUGUAUUCAGUAGUGUAUGUUGUCGUCAGAGGUGUCAUGCCCGUAGGGGGCACAGGGGCACGUGCUCCCUCAGAUUUGUCAUGUUUAAAAUAUCUUUUUUUGGGGGCCUUUUUUUUUCUCUCUGUAAUACUACUAGGCACUUAGCAAUUUUAUAUAACUAGCUACCAAGAAACCAUUUCAGGCUAUCAAUACAGUUAGAGUAGCUAGCUUGUCGUCCUCUUAGCUGGCAUGCCCGCUGGCAAGGUUGGUAGACUUCAGAAAAGCAAGCAAUAACUAAAUGUACUGAAUAAGACUCACAUUCCUUUCAAUAUUGUACCAGAGAUGCAGAGAAGUAUAUUUUGUUUUUUUGUUUUUUUUUAAGAACCACCAGUCAGAAGGAUACAGACAGCUCAAUUGGUAUGCUUAAAUAUUCAGAAAAAUAUACAUUUUUUUACAUAGAAUUAAGCAUAAUGAUUAUGGCUCUAGAUUACAGGAAAAAAAGCUGCUUCAGAUGUUUGAAAAAUGCUAAAUUCUCCAAUUUAUGGUCGGGGGGCUUACCACCCCUCCGGACCACCACCCCAGCCAUCCUCACGUACUUUGUGCCCCCUAAGAUGUGUGGGGUGCAUGAUUCCCCUGGUCAUUGUUGUAUAUGAUGGUAGAGAGAGUGUUAACUUGGGCUGACCCCAUUUUCCGCCUCCGGCCACCAACUCUGUGACAGAGAUUGUGACGCCCUCGACAGGACGUGUGCUAUCGAUUACCAGUAAUGUACUACUGCCAUAUUUUCAACCUUAUUUUCAUAUCUAGGUUGCUUACUUCGAUAGAACCCUCUGGUGAUACGCCUUUUCUACUUACUCAGAGCCAUAUUUUCUAGGUUGUCGUUGUUGUUUUGUAUCCCAUCGUUAUUGAGGUUUCCUUUCUAUUCCCCCUGACCAACAAAAAAAAAACAAAGACAAAAUAAUGUGUCACUGCCGAUACAGUAUAUAAGUCAUGGACCACUACGAUGUUUACAGAACAUAGUCAGCCUGAUGCAGUAAGCCUGCUCCCGCUGCACUUCACUCCAACCGGCUAGUCUCCUUCAUUCCCUUGCUUUCGUGAGUCUUAGUACAUAAUUAUGGGGAAGCUUUCUUGCAUGAUUUUCAUAGAAACUCAAUGUUUUUUGUUCAUUUUUUACAAUUCUUCUUCUGUAUUUUUAUAUUAAGUACUUUUUGGAAAUAUAUAAAUAUGUAUAGGCUGAAGAGUUUUGAUGACAGUACAGACCAUGAAUAAGAUCAAUCGACAGUGUAACAUGUUUUUGCCGUUCUAUAUACAGUAUAUUUAUGCCACAUUUGUAAACCAUGCUUGGUCGUCUGAUGCUGGGGCUAACUAAAUUAAAAUAAAUUGUUUACUCACUGUAGGUCAUGUGAUCGGACAUACUCUUUCAGCAAUCUAGGCUUGCCGCCCCUUUCCCUUUCACUAUAUACAGUCUUAAAGAGAGUAUCUUAAAUUCUGUUAUUUCUUUCAAUAGCUUAAAGGGAUAGUCCGGGAUUUUGGCAAUGAGACCCUUUUAUCUGGGGCGGCAGGGUAGCCUAGUGGUUAGAGCGUUGGACUAGUAACCGAAAGGUUGCAAGUUCAUAUCCCCGUGCUGACAAGGUACAAAUCUGCCCCUGAACAGGCAGUUAACCCACUGUUCCUAGGCCGUAAUUGAAAAUAAGAAUUUGUUCUUAACUGACUUGCCUAGUUAAAUAAAGGUAAAAUAAAAAUAAAUAAAUAGAAAAUCUACAGUACUUCCCCAGAGUCCGAUGAACUCGUGGACACCGUUUUUUAUGUAUCCUCGUCCAGUAUGAAGGAAAUUAGAGGUAGUUUCGGGGGGCUAAUGCUAAAGCAAUUGUGCUAACACUAGUUAGCAACUUCCUUCAAACUGCACCCAGAUACAUAAAAAAACGGUGUCCACAAGUUCAUCUGACUCUGGUGAAGUAAAUAAAGGGCCUCAUUGUCAAAAUCCCGAACUAUCCCUUUAAAUCAAAUGUGGUCCAAUGAAAGUGAGUGAAAUAGAACAUGGUAGUAUACAGAACAUUGAAGAUUUGCUAAAUUAAUUGGGGGUAUAUAUAUAUAUUUUUUAAUCUCUAUAUAAAUGUAUUUUGUUAAUUUUUUUCUGUUCUUUCAGACUAAUAUGACUGCGAGUUUAACUUAUUUUGUGAGAGGAUCGGUGCUCUCGGAUGCCUGUGUAGUGACGUUAGUCGACUUGUCAAAGAGGGCAUGAAUUUCAUCCAAAUUCAGCAUUACCCUUUUAAUUCUAAUGGCUUAGAACACUGUUUAUGGGAAGAGAGUAGAGCUGUUAAACUGGUAGUGACAUCACUUCCUCUUCCUGUUUUUGUCCAUAAACAGAAACUAGAUGCCUUCGUUGUGGUGUCCGUUCGACCAUUAGACAGUCUCAUUUUGGGGACACAUUUUCAAUUGGAAUCCUUUCUUUUCUUCUGACUUACUCUAUUUGGAAGACUGCGCUUAUACAUUCAGUAUGUGUAAAUAUUGUCAUAGGAUGAUUUUGAACUUAACUUAUAACUCUUGGUAAUGAACAGGGGGCAACCAGUCAGGGAUCACCGAGCAUAGCUUUAAGAAUGUUCUGCCAAAGUCUUGCUUUGUACAAUCGUUGCUUUUUUGUCCUUUUUUAUUUUUGCACAGAUUGUUUUAAACGAUUAUUGUCAGGUGAAGGCGUUUUCCUUGUUUUCCAUCUUCCCAAAAUAGUUCAUGUUUUUGCAUGUAAACGUGGACAGAGAAUACAAAGAGCUUGAAGCGUCACUAAGAUUGUCCCUCUUCUAUUGCCAUGGCCUUGGUUGUGCUGUUGUGAUCUCUUACUGGUUGCCCUCCCAUUCCAUCCCACAGGUGAACAUAUACUCCAUCCUCUAGAAACACCCCAAUGUUUUUGUUUGUUGUUUUUGUUUUUGUUUAUUUGUACCUUGGCACAACUGUACAACAGAAGCAGACCAACAGGUCUGCAUGUCUGAGGUGGAGGGAGAACUAAAAAACGGCUAGACCGACCUGAUAAAGCCGAUGUUUGGUUUCUCUGAUGGAUAAGCCCACCGUGGCGUCUGACCAAUCUGUAAGAUCUGUUCCUUCUCAUUGCACAGGUCUCAAUAAUGACUCAUGUAUGACAAAAUGAAAUUGCGAAGGCAUUGUGCAAUACCUGUCAACUGUAAUGGACUGCAUUGCUUCUCUAAAGCUUCUCUUUCUUAGAUAGCUUUUUAUUUCUUUCGAUUUGGGGGAUUUCUUUGGGGAAGCUUCUCCGCAGUUGUAAAUAAUAAUAAAAAAAAAAAAACGGUUUGAAAACUGGAAUAUCACAGUUUAAAGUCAUAACCCCUUAUUUUACGUAGGACGAUAUUUACCCGAACCAGUUCUUGUGUUUUAAUACAUUUUCAAUUGUAUCUCAUUGAGAAAAGACCGAAAAAUAACUUUCUGUCAUUGAUAUGAUGCACAGUAAUAGACACUGGUGUUAUUUUUGUAUAAACAUAAUACCAUCUAUGUGGCAUGCAUGAUGUAUAAACAAAUGUGUGGUUUAAAGCAAUAUGUCCAACCUGGUUGAUUGGUACUUUCGUGUUCUGUGUAGCUUAAACCACGCUGUACUAAAAGAGGAAAAAAAAGACUGUAGUGUUUAAUAUAUGUGUUCAAUGUUCUGCAUGGUUAAGUAUGGAAUGAGACAUCCCAAACGUUGACUUGCUUUCAAAACAAAACUUGCACGUACAAACUCGUACACAUUUUGACUCCGUUUCUGUCCCCCGUGAAACAUACACUGAGAGGAUGCUGCCUUUGAAGAUAUGGAAUGGAUGGAUGUGCGAGUGAACGGGACUUAAAUUCAGUUGCACAAAGAUCUGUUCAAUGAAGGGUUUUAUCUGUAGGUAGCAAGUCCCUGUUGGGUGCUUCAUCACUAGUGUUGAAUGAUUCCUACUUGGUUAUUAGCUAAGGUACUUCUUGACUGUAUCCUGUGUCUGUUCAUUCCCAAUGUGUCUCCCAGCAGGCAUGCAGUCGACCAUCCUACUUUACCCCAUCUCACCACAGAGGCCCGACGUGAUAACCAACAAAAACGCCAUACACACAACACUGCUGUUUAUCAUGCAUAACGCAAUAAUAGUUUUGCAGUUAAUAUUUGUUUUAUUUAUCCAUGUGAGGAGUCAUUACUUUGAGGUUUUAUUGGCAUUUUAGAACAUUCCUAAAUCAGUACCCCCCAUGCUGAAUCUAUUUCACCACCAAAUGAGAAGUAAUUAUGAUACCACGCUGUUCAUUGUUUAUUCCAUCAUCCAGCCACAGCCACGGAGAAUCACUCUCUACCAAGGUAGGCAUUUGCUCAUCAACUCAUUUCACACCUAUCACAUAAAUCGAUUUCCUCAUUGCCCUCCCUCAACUCUCCUCUCAACUCUCCAACUCUCCUCUCUCAUUCCAUCUCCCUCCAUCCAAGGACAGCGCUCAUCUGUCAGUGCCAAACAGCAGUCAACCUCUCUUCUAGCUGCAGCAUCUAGAUGCCUGAGAUUCUUCACUGGUUUAUUCAACAGUUCUAUCCAUUAUGGUUUCUUUUUAGUUGAUGCUUUGUGGCUCGUACACAAAUCGACCACCACAGUUUGUCUUUCUCCCUUUUGAUAUUUCGCUAGUUGUUUUUUCCUAGAAAGGCUGUUGCUCUGUCAGUGAGACCUGUGUGUUUUGUCUCUUUGUGUCUUGGGGCCCCAGCUUUCCAUGUUGAUAGUCCUGCACCAUCUGCCCAGACUUGCUUAGAUUACCAGGGCUCAGAUCUCUGUGUGUGUGUGUGUGUGUGUCUGCGUGCAGUCACCAAGGGCUAUGGGGCAGAGCAGAGAUGUUUGAGGCCAUACGUCUCUUGUCUAGUUAAAAAAACGUGGCCAACUUGCACCAGAGAAGAAUUCGAUCUCGGUAACAAAUGAAUGGUAUUCCGCUAGUGUCGACCGCAGCCUAGCUUGUCUCUUCUUUUCUACUCUGUGGGUUGAGCUGCUGGUCCAGAGGAGUAAGGCAUAAGAGAGAGAGAAGGAGAGCUUCUCCUCUGUUCUUCCUCUGAGUCGGUGUCGUUUACAUCACCAGCUACUGUGACCAUCACAGCUGUGCCUCGUCUUGAACACCGCUUUCAACUGGUGUCUCUCUUCAUAGCUAUGCUGUUGAAACCAGGCAGUUCCAUAGACCGAAAAUAUUUCUGUUCCCAAGGAGACCUGUCCGAGAAGGCGGCUGAUUGGUUGGCUUGGUGUGAACAUAAUUGUACAACCAUUUCAAAGAGCGCUGUCUUGUUUUGUUAUGUUGAACUGUGUUAACACUGACAGCUUUUGAAAUGUGUUUUGCUAAUUUCUCUCGCACUUUGGAUGAGCCGUUGUUUCAUCACCCUGGCCUGUGCUGACGUUAAUGCAAUCAUGACUAAUUCUGACAGGCACUCGGCAUGGUUUGGCGUUAAAGUGAAAUGCGUUUUGGCUUCAUGUUCCCACAGCGCUGAGAUACUGAAACAGUCAGGCCUGUUGUUUUUGAUUGACGCAGGAGAAACAACCGCAGCAUCAAAGAUAAGGGAGGAAUUAAAUUGGCUGAAAUUGUUCAUUAAAUACGUUGCUGUGGUUCCUUGAAUUGUGUGUGUGUGUGUGUGUGUGUGUGUGUGUGUGUGUGCGCACGCAUAAUAAUGAAUGUGCGAAUAUGUGUGUGAGGGUUUGUAUUGAAGCUCAUUUUCUGUGGGCACAGUAACGGUCUGUAACAGUUCUUGGAGGUCCUUUUGAGCAGCACUUUUCCUCAGUGUGUGUCUCACCUGACAAACAUACAGACACAACACACAUUCGCUGUACUCUCCAUAUCCCCCUUUUGUAAAUAAGAUUCAUUAUCAUUCUAAAAUGUCACCCAUGUUUGCUUCAAACUAUGCAACAAUAUUCUACAAUUAUAAUACUGUUGUUUAGUUAUUUUCACAGUUCUUCUCUUAAAGGCCCAGUGCAGUCAAACGUGAUUUUCGUGUGUUUUAUAUAUAUUUCCACACUAUGAGGUUGAAAUAAUAGGGGAGAGUGGGUUAAGUUGAGCCUAUGGGGUAAGUUGAGCAACCAUUGUGUUAAGGAAAUCAUAAAAAUAAAUUAUAAUUUGACUAAAUAUUUAAGAAAGUAAUUUCGUGGAGUCUGAAGGUAGAAACCAUAUGGAAAAAGUGGUAAGCCAGUUAGAUUUUUUAAAAACAACAGAUUUUAGCCAAAUCAAAUGAAUUUAUUGUGUCAGAGCAGCGUUUCCCAAACUAGGAGUCUUUUGAAAAUGGGGUCGCGAGAGAAACUCUGACAAUAAUCAAAACAUUAGGUCCGUAGCCUCCGGUAGCCGCUGGAAGUGGUUGUAAAAAAACAGAGCCAUUUUUGUUUUCUUCCUAAUGUGUGUGUCUCUUUCUAACGGUUUAGAAAUAGUAUUUUGUUUCCCUCUACAAUGCCCACAAUGACUCAAUAGAACAGAGUGGACAAGACCAGGCAAUAAGUCAGGCUGUUGGAAAAGGAAAAUCAUCAACAAUACAUUAUUUUCUACACAGAAGAUCAUACAAAAGUAUUGCCUGAGGAUCUGAACUUCCCAAUACCUUUCUGAUGCAUUUUAGUCACUUCAACCCAUACUUCCAGCAGCAUUAAAUACUUUCAAAAAUACUUUCAGACUGAUUUGUAAUAGACUGUCAUAGCCCAAUUACAAAGUUAACAUUGUCAAUUGAUUACAUUAUUGUCUUUAUAUGGUGGGGUCGCGAUUGAUUUAAAAUAUUUAAGAUGGGGUCCCGGAACAAAACUGUUUGGAAACCCUUUUGUGUAGAGGUUUCAUGAUGCUUGUAUCUAAACCAAAGUAGAUCAUUUUAAGAUGUUUUAUACAUCAGUCUCUAAAAGCUACAUUUAUGAGGUCCUAAAUCAAGCAUGAAAGUGCAUCCUUGUAGCUGUGUGGGCUAAUAUAGUCCAAAUGUGUUUGCCUUGGGGCAAGUUGAGCCCAUCGUUGAGCCAAUGGCAAGUUGAGCCCAUCGUUGAGCCAAUGGCAAGUUGAGCCCAUCGUUGAGCCAAUGGCAAGUUGAGCCCAUCGUUGAGCCAAUGGCAAGUUGAGCCCAUCGUUGAGCCAAUGGCAAGUUGAGCCCAUCGUUGAGCCAAUGGCAAGUUGAGCCCAUCGUUGAGCCAAUGGCAAGUUGAGCCCAUCGUUGAGCCAAUGGCAAGUUGAGCAAAUUGAAGUGUUUUCUUCCCAGGCAUAACCGCUGGGAUAUGAAGUAACAGCGGUGUUUAAAAUGGCACAACGUUUUUCUGAGGUAUUAAAGCCUUUGUUUAAAGAUGCUUCAAAAUGACUAAAAUACAAAAAAUGCGAUUUGUGAUUGUGUUGAGUUGUAAUUUGGGAAACAAAAGAUAGGCAUGGUUUUAGAAAGGUAGGGAUAAUAUUUAAUUUAGUACAGAUAAUUGUAGGAGGUUUAACUUAUCCCAUACCCUGGAAAAAAUGUGCUAAGAGACCACUUUUUGGGGACAAACUAUGUUUUAAAAACUGUAAUGUUUACAGUACAUUAAUUCUGACUAUUUCCAGGGAUACACAACAUCCUGAAAUACAUGUAGAUAUCUUUGUUAGAAAGAAUACUAUUUCCUUGACAGAGUGAUGCUGAAUAUAAAAAAUGGCUCAAUUUACCCGUCUCCCCUACUGUGAAAUUGUGAAAAUGAUGAUAAUGACUGUUCAGUGUAAGAGCUGUUGAAAAGACCACCUGAAAUCUUAGGCUGUUUUGGUGGGAUGGAGUUUAGGCCUGCCUGGUGAUAUCACCAGUAAAUGAGUUAAUAGACAAAUGACAGCUAGUUUUCAGUUUUCCCCUCCUCACUCAAACCACUCCCAGACAUUCCUAGUAAAAUUGCUCUUUGCUAAGAAGCUAUUUGUACUUUAUUUUUGACCAUUUCAAUUGAAAACAAUCCCCGUAAGGUACUUAACUGUUACUCUGAAAUGAUUUGCUAUUGAGAUAAAAAAAAACAGCUGCAUUGGACCUUCUAACGCUCUCCUCCUCUCUCCCUCUCGCGCCUCUUUCUUUUUGUCUGUGUGCUUGUUUAUGUCUCAAUGGAUGCAGUCGUUUCCCAUAUUUCAAUUCUUUAUACUAAAAGAAAAGCUGGUGUAUUAUGUAUGUGUGUGCACGAUGUGCACGCACCCUGAAUUUUUCUUUACUCUUUUGUAAUAUACGAUCAUGUGGAAUGCCUUGGUCUUUAUGUCCUGUUGUUUUGAAUUUAACAGAACAAAAAAAAAUGAUAAUCAAGCAAUUGAGGUGAAAGUUAUUAUAAAUAUAUAUAUAUAUAUAAACAAAUCUAUAUACAUAAAAUAAAGCCAUUGGAAUUUGAAAUA